AUGCAGAGCGCCCAGGACUAUCAGGAGUGUAGAGAAGAGGACAUCAUGGCUGAAGAAGUUAUAGGAGGUGUGGAAGUAUUAUACUUUCUACAAUGUUUAGAGAGUCAACCAGCACCAAUACUAGACAUGGUCUCCCAGUGUACAGUGUUGGAGCUAGCAGACAACAGCAUCAGUCAAAUUCCUAGCUCCAUUGAUAGAUGUAUCAAUGUGAAGAAGAUCAAUCUCACAGGGAACAAGCUGAUCUUUCUUCCUUGGUCUUUUUACAAGUUAAAAAAUCUCACACAUCUUAACCUUAGUUUGAAUAACUUCAGAGAGCUUCCAGCUUCAGUGUGUGCUCUACCACACAUAGAGGUUCUGAACCUACGGGGUAACAACUUACGCACACUCCCUCCUGAUUUUAGGGUGGAAACCAUGCUAAAGCGUUUAAACCUCGAAAAAAUCUUAGGAUUUAUGCAUCAUGCAGAGGAUAGGGUAUCCGGACGUCCUAGUGAUGUAAGUAAUAUGACCUCACUGAAGAGUUUGGACGUUUCCACGAAUGCUAUAACACAUUUACCCUACCAGCUUGCUUCACUUACACUUCACGAUCUGAAUGUGACCGGUAAUCCCAUGCAGCAACCACCCAUGUCAGUGUGUAAGGAGGGAAAAGAGGCAAUAUUCAGAUACUUAACAGAAAUCAGGGAAUCAAAAACAAUUGCGUCGUGCAGAAUCCAAUUAAACCUCCUGGGAGAGACAGGAAGUGGGAAAACCAGUUUAGCACGCUCUCUCAGGCUUGGGAUACCCAUGCUGACUGAGGAGGCAGAUAGAACUAGAGUUGUUGAGCAAUCACUAUGGGAAAUUGAAGAGGAUGUCAGUUUUAACAUCAAUGACUUCGGAGGUCAUGAUGUGUACAGAGUUGGACACUGCAUUUUUAUCUCACAGAACAGUAUAGUUCUUGUCACCUUUGACCUGUCAACAUAUGACCCCUGCAGCAGCUCCGAUUUCAGCCGACAUAUUGGAAUCUGGAUAGACAUGGUGCAGUCCCAUAAUCCAAAAGCAACAAUUGCUUUGGUUGGUACACAUCUCGAUAAAACUGAUGAGUGGACCCGCGAGGUUGUGUGCGCGUCUAUUCUAGAAGCAAUUACAGAUGAAAGGAUAAUCAGGCAGCAGUUGUGUGAAAGACAAAAGAUAGAUCUCAGUGAAAGAAUACAGUCAUCACAGGAAAACAAAAAUGAAUAUCUGGUUUCAGCAUACACGGAGAAGAUAAAAUCACUGGAGACUACAAGUGCAUAUGGUGAAUCAAGAAUCUAUCCUCACAUUUUCAUGGUGAGUUCCAAGACCCAGGAAGGUUUAAGACCCCUCAUAGUUCAUCUAGCUACCCAGGCAAAAGGAAUGGGUGUCUCCCUACCACAAACCUGGCAUGAAGCAGCAAAGACCAUCUAUGCAAAAAAAGAAAAUAAAAUUGAAUGCACACUUUGCAGGGAAAAUAUUAAACAAGACAUAGAAAACUCUGUCAAAGGUUUCAUUAAUAAAAUAAAGUUCUUUUGGAGAAAGCCUCGUCAAAGGACAGAUAAUGAUGUAAAUGAUAUCCUUGCUUUCCUUGCCAACAGAGGUGAAAUUAUUUGGUAUGCGAGCAGACCAAUCCUUAGAAACACUAUCUUCCACAGACAGGAAGUUAUAGCUGAUCUCCUGAAGGCAGUCCUCAACCACAACAAGAGCGAAUUUGAGUUUCUAAAACAAAUGAUUGUCAGUGAACCCAUGGCAGAGAGAAUUAGAGAAGAUUUCAGUAAGAGGGGAAUUCUCUCUAUGCAGGCGAUGGAGGCCCUAUGGAAACCAUUUCGUGUGACAGCCAGGGAAGCCAGUGCAAUGGUGGAGCUCAUGCAGAGGCUGGAGUUAUGCUUUAAGGUGAACGACGGCAAAUAUGGUGCCACAUUUCACUUCCCAUGGCUACUGAAACAAAGCCGACCGCCAAUCAUGGACACCAAGUGGCCUCAGUUAGUACCACAGGACACUACACAACUAACCCUGAAUGUGUAUUUCCCAUACCGCUGUCCUGAUGCCUAUGAGGAGAGACUGGAGAGAUGGGGUAUUUGUGGACAUGACGACACACUGCAUGCAAAUGACCAGAAGCCAGACGGACAGAGACUGGGUGAUCACCAUUGCUGUCCGAGGUCAACAUCUCCCAGACCUGUGGAGAACACUGCUCCAAAACCAUGA